CAAAUCUUAGAGGCAUUUCCAAAUCUAGUGGAAAUGAACAUAGACUAUUGCAAUGAUCUGGUGGAAUUGCCUGCCAAGCUCUGUGAUCUUAUCCGCCUAAAGAAGCUUAGUAUUACCAAUUGUCAUAAGCUAUCUGCCUUGCCUGAAGAGAUUAGAAAGCUGGUCAAUUUGGAGGUAUUAAGGCUAAGGUCCUCCACAGAGUUGGAAAGGCUUCCAGGCUCGAUUAAGAACCUAAAAAAGUUAAGCUUUCUUGACAUAUAUAAUUGUUUGAGCAUUAAGAACUUGCCUGAAGAGAUUGGUGAAAUGAGUGGUUUAAGAAAGAUCAACAUGGGACAAUGCUCAAGACUG